AGCAACGUCAAACAUGCAGGAGGCUCUCGGCUACCUAGAAGGCACAGUUCAGGGAAAGUACCUUGAGCUUCUCCCCUCUCGAUGGGCCGCCUUGCUGCCUCGCAUGGCGAAGCGGACGCAGCGACUUCAGACGCUGGCGCACAUCGCCGCGCAGUUCACUCUGGAGAGGGAGCUCGAGGAAGACUUCGAGCUCGCAACGCAGCUGCUUGUGAUGGAGCAUGAACUGUAUCGCGAGGGCGUGUCGAUCUUCCACGCUGCUUUCACGACCGCUGAUGAUCCAGUAAGGCGCACAUGGGAACUCCUCGCACGGGAUGUGUUAGCAGAGCUGACUUCGAAGGAGAUGAUGCUGGCCCACUGGAAGGCCGCCGUCUCCACCAUUCCAUCGGACACAUUACGCGUGUACAGCUAUGCCUUACUCGUGCACGCGAGAGUGUCGAAGGCGCGUGUGCAAAACCUGGCGGAGCUGAUUGCCGCUGGUGCGUAG